GUCCGGCUUCGCAUUCCUCGCAAGGGAAGCUCGAGAUUAAUUUGAUCAAAAUAAUCAAGAAUUCUCUGUCAAUAUUUGGCUUUUCGCCUUGUUUUGCACACCAAAAGUUCCGAAUACAAAAUGUAGAUGCCCGGCAUAACACAAGAGAUGCUGCCGAGCUUCAAAUGUCUGCACUGCGAAUUCAGCUCGCCGUCCAAGGUGGUGCUGAAGACGCACAUGGUGCGGUGCCACCUGAUCCAAAUUUCGUGUCCCAACUGUCACAACUCCAAGAUCUGCCUGCUGCAGAAUAACAAAUGUCCCACAUGCAACUUCACCGUAGUUAAAAUCAGCAAGGUCGAGCCGAUCAAGAAGCAGCAAGGCUCCGCGGAGGAGGACGAUGGCAGGGGCCGCGUCUUUUCUAGUCAGAUGGCCCACACCGUCGCCCAGAGCCAGAGGAGCAGGGAGGUGCACCCUGCCGACCACAGGGUGGUCAUGCAGAUCUCCAGCCAGGAGAUUCGCAGGAAGCAGGUGGCCUCCGUCUCACCCAUAGUCAGCCUGCAAGUCCCACCGCCCCUCAUACCCAUCGACCAGUCCAGGAACAAGCAACAAUUUGCUGCUGCAAAUCCAUUCAAAAUUCUGACGUUGAUACCCCGGAAGAGUUUCGACAUGUUGAACGACAACGAAAAGAGCGGCAUGCAGCCGGUCAGGCCAGAGAAGCACAUCAGCGAGGAGAGCUGGUUUCACUGUCCCUUCUGCCCGCUCAAGACGCGCUUCAAGCUCGAGUUCAUGAAGCACGCCAAGAGCCACGGCGUGGACAAGUUUGUCUGUGAUCACUGCACCUUCGAGACGGUUGACGAGGCCGAGAUGCUGAGCCACCUGAAGCAGCACCAGGACGGCGCCUCCAACAGGUCUUUCCUCAUGGAGACUGCCAAGGAGUGGGUGCUACUUUAAUCUCUCUCUACAUUUUACAUUUUUUUUUUAAAUUUAGUUCAUAAUAAUCGAGUAAUUCCGGAUUUCGGAAAUUUUGUAUACUGAUGAAAAAUUACCUGGCCGAUAGGGGGCCGACCUGUACUUCGAAAUCUCUUGAAACUUGGAUGUCUGAGCGUUUAUAUCCCAGGAUUAGAAAUUAAUCGUGCUUAAAUCGAAAAGACUUCAGGGGGUGUACUGUAUAAAGUCACAAAAAGCUGGAAGGCUCAUUCUUAUACAUUUUUCUUUUGGAUUUUUUUUAUAUUAAUUGAGGAGGAGAAUUUCCUGGAAAUUUAUCAGAUAGCUUAACCAUAGCUGUGUAACUGAUGUCAGAUAAGUUUCUUUUUUUUUAUCCAGAAUUGCAUUAUACUUUUUCUCUACACUCACCUAUACCUAUGAGUAGAAUAGUGACUGUGCAUGUAGCAGCUUUUAUAUUUUCAAAAUGCAUUUAAUGUUUACCUCAGCAGUUAAGCAUUGUACGCCAAUACUCAUUGUCAGUAUUACUAUUUAUUGCUCUUUGUAAAUUUAAGCCGCAUGGAUCAAUAAAAUUAACAUACAAUUUCAAUGUAAA